GACCUAAGUGUCAGAUUCCAGUUGCACUCAUCCGUCAUGACUGGAUCAGCACCUGCUGCUAACUAUAAACCCACCCGGCCCAGGGUUCACAUGAGAGCCAAUGCCCACCCGCACAGCUCAGCUCAGAGAAGAAAAGUCAAGAGCCAGGGUAGCCUCAGAAGGCACUUUGACCAAGGCCAACUCAAAGGGGAGGGGCAGAAAUGAAGACGGGAGCACUGGAGGAUGCAACGUGCAGGCGAGAGAUGCCUCCAUUGCUUUUUUAUAUUGAAGCCUGAUCCAUGCCACCGCACUGACCUGAAGCAGUGAGGCUCAGUCACAUUUGGGUUUUCCAAAGCUACGAGUUAAGAGUGCUUGGAUUUUAGGAGACACUUCCCUGGAUCACUGGCAGACAGCCUAGAAGAGACCUAUCUUUCUUUCCAAAGGGAAAAAGCAAAAGCAAGCUAGAAGACAGACUGGACGGCCACGUUGAGACUUUGGUGCGUGUGGACUAGUGAUGGACAGCUGGACUCUUCAAGGGGACAGCUACUCAUUGCUGCGCAGUGCACCCCGCACACCAUUUACCUUGUACCAUCGGGACGGCACACCUAACCACGUUGAAAUAUUUGACAUCACAAGUUCUCCAAGUCAACGCGGUACCAUCUCUGAGACCACUUGCCUGUGUGACAUAUUUGGGGAUGAAUGUGAGUCACCCUCGGCCUCCAACAGUCCGGUCGUAGGAUCAUUUGUUCGUACCUCCUCGGUGACCGAGGUGGAGAGGACAUCUGUCCGAUCACCCUUGGCGGAUGAUUUAAAUGACUCCUCAGGCUCGUACCACACCGCACCGGACUCCAUUGAAGGAGAAGAGGAGUCUGAUCUAACGACGAGAAUUUACAGUCCCACACUGGAGGGUGAGUCCACUGAGUCCGAGCAGCCGGAAAUCCUAGUGAGGUCGGAACUUUCUAAAACUAGUAGCUUUAGGGAGAAGACCCCUUCUCCUGGACACCAAAGCUCCUCUAGCCUCUGCUCACAGGAAAUAGCCUCAGUUUCAUGUUAUUCCUCUGCCAAGACGAGAUAUUCACCCUCGUUGCUUUGUCCAGAGAGUGAACAAGUGGGACUCGCUCCUAUGUUAAAAAGAGCAAGGAAUAACAGUGAGCUCAGCUUGUCAAAUCAAUCUCAAACUCCAAGUCCUCGCUGUGAGCCAAUGAACUGCGCUAUCUCGUCCUCCUCAGAAUCAGUCAACACAAAGAUUCAGAUUAGAGAUACAAAACCUGAGCCAAGGGGGACACACCUUAAUAAAAACACCAGUGUUUCACCUGUCCACAGCCCUGUUGAUUUUUCUUAUCAAUCUUCAAAUGUAGAAUCCAGAGUUGACGUUUCAUCUCACUUGCCUUUGUCAGGAUAUCCAAAAUCCCAGCUGGAAGAAAGACUGCUCUGUUCUGAACUGAAUUUUAGUUCCUCCUUACCUAACUCUCAAGCAUCAUCACCUUUAAAAGAGCUGAGCAGAAGGCUUUCCCUGCCCAAUCUUACGAGCACAGGCUUAACGCCAAGUCCAGAAAUAAAAAGCUCUGAGUUCACAGAUCUCAGCUCAACAGAAAUUGACUUUAAAAACACUGAGUUUGGCACCACCAUCUCAACAGCUUCCACAAGAUACACUCCCUCCCCCACUAUUAUAUCAUUCAACCCAUAUCCUGUGGAUGGUGGUGGUGUGUCUGAAUUAAAGCAUAGUACUUGUUUAGCACCUGACCUGCUUAGUGCACCGUUAGCACUCCCCAAAAAUGGGUCAAGAACCUCCUCACCUGGACACUCAAGACCAAAUUCAGCAUCUGAAAUAAUCACCAAGGUCUGUUCCCCUGUCAUCAGUUAUAGUUUGUCUCCAUCACCCGGUGUCAGGAGCAUCUGUUCUUCCAUCGAGAGCACACACACAGCUCAUUCACCUGAAAUCCGGAUCACGCCAUCAUCCCCUGAGGCCAAAAGGAAAGAAAAUACUUCUGAAGAGCAAACAGCAUCAGAGUCCCCUCUUUUAGAGUGGGCCCCAACAAGGAGUCUCACCACCUCCCCUGACAUCACUGGGAUGCCUUAUUCUGUAGUUCUACCAAGGGAGGGGGACACUUCCCCUUUUCCCGAGCUCUGUCGUCUCCCGACUGCUGAGACUGAUACCGCACGUGUAUCGCCUGCAAUAAUGAGCCCCUCCCCUAGUAGAGCGAGUUCACGACAAGACUCGUCUCCCACAUCAGGCUUUUCAGGCUCUGAGCUACAGGCUGAAAUAUCUCAGUCCAGCUCGCACACAUCUUCACCCCAGUCAAUGUGUUGCACUCCCUCACCUGAGCUGAGAUACCAGAGCUUAAAUUCUUCACCUGAGCUCAAAAGUAGAGAUCCAUCACUUGCUACAGCGUCUCCAGUAAACAGAUCUAAUCAAUGUUUGCCAUUAAUCCUUUGCCCUGAAUACAACACACAUUAUUUACAGCCUACUCCUCCUUUGGAUACAUCUGGGGGGGUUACCUUUUCCCUUCCCCACCAUCACAUAGGGUUGGAAACACAGAGCAUUCCACCUGAAUUUGAAUUGGAAAAAGAAGAUGAAACGUCUGGAACCACAAAUAGUUCCCCAAACGUGCCAAUUCAGUCGCUGGUAUCUAAUUCGCCUUUUUUAACCGAGGAAAAGUUUGACCAGGCAUUGAUUCAGCGGCAACCGAGGGACAGACUUACGCCAAAGGAAAUACCUGUCGCUGGUUUGACGUCCUUGUCUCGGGAAUAUCAAAACACCGGGACUAUAAAUCAUUCUACUAGCCCCACAAUUGAAAAUAAGUCAUUUCCUCAUAAUUUUGCGUUCACUAAUAUGGGAAGGGUUCAUCAUAUUUCUAACAAAGCCAAAUCUCUGCAGAGAGAAGAAAGACGACUGCACCACCACACACAUCAUUCAUUUAAGUCAAAUUCCACAUCUGAACAUUCGAGACAAAAACGUGGUGACAGAAUGAGGUUUGCAUCGAAUAUGGCCCACCAUAUAAACAGGAGGAAAACUCCCUCUCCCCCAUUAACCCGAUUUACCCCUGUGCACAUUAUAGAACCUGAGAAACCACGCCGACAGUGGCAGAACAGAGCCCCCUCUGACUUUGCAGCAUCCUCACAUAGUGGUUAUUUGAAGAAGACUGUAUCAAAUAGGGAAAGCCCCGAUAUUGUCCCUCUUGACGAUAAUAAUAGUCAGCCCCACCGUGUCCGACUUGGGAACCAAUUGGAACUGGAGAGGAAAAUUGAGCUGGAGAGGAAGAGAGAAAGGCUGAGGGAAAGGGGGAUGAAGAAAGAAACAGACAGGGAGGGGUGGGAAAUUGAAAAGGGGGAGGAGUGGCAAAGGGAUGCUGGUUACAGAGAGGAACAGGCUGAGCUGUCAUUCAAUGCCAAGAAUAGAAAAGGGCCUGUUAGUCGCAGUACAGCCCCCACAAGCACGGAGAGCUGUCAGGGGCUGCCAACACCGCAUUCCUAUUCAGAGGGUUUGCUUGCCACCAGACGGCCACAGGACCAGACAAGUCAACUUAAACUCGCUCCUCAGCGAGACAAAAGUGCUGGUCUGACCAAGCGGCUUCAGAAUCCUGCGCCAUCAAACAAGUUCUGUCCUCGAUCGGUCACAAACAGGCCUGGACGAAGUUCAAGUUCAAGCAUGGGAAGUGAGUUGGAUGAGGCAGACAAUGAGGUGAAGUGGCUUACAGACGUGGCUUUUCGUAGCCUGUCCAGCCCCGAGGUGGAUUACCUUGAUAUGUACAACUCCAGUCAUCGAUCAUCUACCAACAUCUCGCAGCCCUCUACUCAGGAGAGCCCGGCGGUGAUCAGUGGGGCCUGGCCGACCUAUGCUGAUUUCAGGGGUUCCGCUUCAAGACUGGACAGUGAUGAAUUCUCACUACAGCAGCAAUCUCUGUACCGUACCGACGGAAUCGAUCCAGACCGCUGCUAUGAGAGGGGAAGCUUUGAGUGCAUUGAUGUGGCUGUGGAAAGAGAAGACACUAGGAAGGUCACAAGAGGAGUACCAAAAAGACAGAUUCAGUUGAAGAGGAAGGAGAGCGUGGAUGACAGUAGUGAAAAUAACAGUCCAGGACUUCCUGUGAUGGAGAACAACCCCUCGCUUCAAAGGCAUUGCCAAGAGGCAUUGUUGAGACAGUACAGUUCACCAGCAGCAGAGCAAGACGGCUACGCUCCAGAGCACAGUCCUGAUCCUGUGCACAAUGAAAGAAAAUUGCGACUUCCAAGACCUAUUUCUCUGGAUGAAACAUGCUCUAAGACAAAGAUGGCCACUUGCCUUAUCAAGAGUGUUCUGUCGAAAAAGAUGCAAAGUGUUGAUAAACCAUCUGAUGAGCCAGAUGGAGAUGAAAUGAAUCCAAGUUCGAGGGAAAGUAACACGACUGAGGAGCCCCAGGAAUGUGACAACUCAAAUCCUACUCUGUCCUCUAACUACGAUCGUCCCUGUGAAGUUUUCGCUUUGAAAGAAGAACAAAGAGAUGACAUCAGACCAGCAAAGAACUUUGUCAAGAAAUCCAAGAACUGGCCGAGCACAGACGACAGCGACAGACUUUCUAACCAUUUUCACACUGACGACCAACUGUGGGCUUCUCAAGAGGGCAAUACAACUGCACCGGCAUCUGAAAUUAGAUCCAAACUUAGCGUUCCUUUGGAUACCUUACAGUCAAAAGGUGGAAUAGAACACAUAGAUGACAGUAAAACAUUGCAAGGAAGAGAGGGAGCUGACUCACCUAAUGCCAUUACCGGGAAUACAGGAGCUCCUUCUGCUACCGGAGCCUUCAGCGCACAGGUCAGGAUGACAAGGCAACAUCGAGAGUGUGAAAACACAGAGGUCCAUAAACAACUGCAACUGAGUGACAAGAACUGCCACGUGACGCAGAAAACAGAAGAGAUUCCAUUUCAAGGCAACAAGAAAAAGAAAGCUUCUCUCAAUGUGUGCCUUACACCUGAGGCAGACAACAAUCGAGACAGAUCUUUACCAGAUAUACGUUUCGGACAGCACCGGAAAAAGGUCCAAGAAACCAAUGCGGAUCUCAAAAUGGAUGAAGAUGAUGGGGAUGAAGAUAAUAAAGUUAAGGGCCCUAUCCACAAAGUUCGAGAUGUUAGGAGACUUGUAAAGAACACAUAUAAUCUCUCUUUUAAAGCAACUAGCCGCACAUCACCCUCGGAUCUCGCUGAAGAAAGGAAUGAACAUUUGAACGGUGGAAACAAGGAUAGAAUUAAAGAGGAUGCUUUUAAAGCAACUAGCCGCACAUCACCCUCGGAUCUCGCUGAAGAAAGGAAUGAACAUUUGAACGGUGGAAACAAGGAUAGAAUUAAAGAGGAUGCGGAAGAAACAGACAAAGGACGUACAGCAGAGUUAUGCGAGGAAAGGACCAACAAGAAGUGUAUGGUGGAGCGGAGAGAUGAAAAGUUGUCGACAUUUUUGCAGAGCGAAGAGAAGCUUCCAUCUCAACUACACCCAAUGCAAAUACAAUGCAAGGCAGUUUGCUGGAAAAACGACAAAACCAAAAUCUCUGAAGACUCAAAUAACCAUACAUUGGGCUCUUCAAAAAGAGAGCAGGACAAGACCUCCUCCAAAACAGACACACAGUGGGGGAUGCAGGAUCCAGCAGCUUGCGGAGCAACUAGCAAAUCGUGGCAACGCAACUGUAGUACGGAUGCACAAUCGCUGAAGGCGGACAGUGAGGACAAGCCUGUGGUUGUGAGAACAGACAGGAAACCUCCCAUGCUAGGAAGUCUCCCCAAACUUCCCAGUAAGGAAAGAGAAGUGUCCACUGCUGUCGUUUUGAUAAGAGAUGGAUCCAGCCAGGCAAAGCCAUGUGUAGGACUUACUCAGGAAGAGGUCCCAACUCUUCUCCAGCCCUCAUCGUCACCUGAGAUCACAACUACUGGCAACACCCCGAGCAGUAGUAGUCACUCAGUUUCCAUGUUAUUAAAGGAGAAAGGCUACCAAGCUGAUAUUGGCGCAGUGGUGGGUGAUAGCCAGAAGACAACUGAAGAAAAGGGGGUCCCGCGUAAACAUGUCAACUGCUUGGAGAUCCCACUACAGACACCCUCGGAUGGUGGAUCUGAGGCACCUCAAGACAAGACUGUUUGUGCUUUGUCCACUGUGCCGAGCCCUUCGUUGCUGUCUGACCAUGAAAAUAAACCCCCAAAGACCAGAGAGGACGAGGGGGCCUGCAUCGAGCAAAUGACAACCAGCUCAUCAGGAAAUCAGCCAGACCACCUUUCAAUUCUCAGCAAACACAAGGAACACAAAGAUUUUGAAGUGAUGAAAAGACAAGACUUGACUUUCCCCCCAAGGUCACCUGGGGUACGACGUUUCAGACCUCAGCCCCUUGAGUUGAAGUCACUUUCUAAAUGGAUAACAAAGCCAGAGAUGACUGCAAAUAACCCUCCAAGUGGACCGCAAACCAUUCAAGUUAAAUCCAUUGCUAAAAAUUCAGAAAAGCCAGCCGUACCUCCAAAACCAACUUGCAAAUUUAAACCUGUGGAUUUAGGAGCAAAGACUAAUGAAGCGCCCGAAUCAGCUAUUCAGAACAUAAAACCUCAAAGUGAGGAACGGCCUCAAACAAUAGUAGUGUCAUCGCCCACAAUCUACAGAAAGAUCCCCAGUGAGUCCUCCUCAGUGUCCUCCCAAACGAGAAAACUAGCUGUGUCUGCUGUAUCCAGCCUUAAACCUCCAUCAAGCAAAAUGACUACAACUCUGUCAAACCCGGCCACAUCUUCAUCAAGCAAAGAUGCUUCAAAAGGUCAGUGGCAGCAGCAGCAAUGGACAGAGCCUGUGAGAUCCACAGCUGCAGCAUCAGCGCUUCUCCCUAGUAUUACCUCAAGUCAAGAUUCAAAUAAUGAUCAGGUUGCAAAGCGGGUGCCCGAACCAUCUUUAACAGGAGCCAGACAUACACAUUCUGCUGUUGUGGAGCCAAACAUGGAUGGAGCAGAUGUGACAUCUUCAAGCAAUACCAAACCACCUGCUGCUGUCUCCACAACACAAGCCCCAGGAUACAAUCAGCGGCAAUAUCUUGGGUCAUUGUCCAAGGAACACACCCAAAUGGCCGCUGACCCACAUUUUUAUGGCUCCGAUGACCCUCCAAGCUAUGAUGAAAGAGAGAGCUUUAGUCCACUCAUGCCAGAUUUGACCCACCGGCGUUUAAAUCGGUAUCACAACUCUUCCUACCCUCUUCCCUGUUCCUGUACAGCUGGCUGCCCUCCUCAGCCAUCUUUACCUCCGCAUGCUUCUCAUCAUCACCACAGCCCACACAACCUCACCCCACCAGCGCCUCCACACUCCCCAGGUAGCGGGAUACCAUACCAAGCCCCCCAGCCUGUCGUCCGUCCCCACCAUUUCAGAGCUGAUCCUCAGCCCUUGAACUUCCAGCCCAGCUCAUCGCCAAAGUCAAAUCCUCUUGGUCCAAGCCAGCUGCCCGCCAUGUACCAGCCUCCCUCAUGUCCUCCCCACCCCUCGCUCAUGCCCAGUGACCCCCGGCGACUCCCUCUCCAUCGAUCCCCGCAGCAGCAGCAGGCAAGCAUGCCUGGUGCUCCUUACAGCGAUCCCGGGCACAGCCACUCCCCUGGCCUUGCGCCCAUGGAUCCCCAAUACAUAUGUGGGCAGUAUGGCUCAGAGUAUGGGGGUGACACCUCCAGUUUGUACUCAGAGAGCAGCUAUGGACAGGCACCUCGAAGAGUCCUCUUGGAUCCUGAGACGGGGAAGUAUUUUUAUAUUGAGGUGCCAAUGCAGCCCUUAAGGAAGAUGCUGUUUGACCCAGAAACUGGGCAGUAUGUGGAAGUUCUCAUCCCCCAGCAAGGCAUGUCGCACUCAAGCCUAUAUCCUCCAUCAGCAGCCCCAUACACAUCUCUUCACAACCCCAACAUGUAUGGCUCAGCUCCACAGUACAUGCCCUAUGCCGCUCACCCUCCCACGGCUCAUCCCCAGCCUCAACACCAGCCGCCUCGAUAUCCCGAAGCCUUAUCUGCAGCGACAAUACACCCAAAUGGGGCCGGUGGCAGCUACAGGAAUUGUUCUGGGCAGGGAUCCAAACCAGAGGCCUCAAACCAUCCACCACUGGACCAGAGCUACCUGGGGGGAAUGUACUAUGUUCCCACAGGGAUGAAUACAGGCUCCAACCCCACCACACCAGUCUACUACCAUAAACAUCCAGCCAGCCUUCCCCCGUCAGGGGGCAAAAGGUCCUGAAAUAGCGGACACCAGCCGUCUCGCUGGAGCCUGUGAAGUUUUAAAUACACACUGUAUAAAGUAGGUGCCUAAUGUUAGCUUGUCAUGUUAUUUGAGUUUUCAUGUUGCAAUUGAAGACAGCACUUCGGUGUGUUGUUUCUCCACUGCCCUCUUGUCUGUCGAGCUGCUUUAUUAAAAUAAGAAACUGCUUUUGAGAUAAUGCCUCUUAAACAUGAAUGCGGGUGAGAAAGGUGAUGUUAUUAUUAUUAUAAACACCAGAACAGAUCCACAAAUACUUUGUCAUUUUUGAUACAAGACAAUUUUAACUUACUUGCUGAAGUUCUGAAACAAAACAGGCAAGCGUUUUCUGGACUUUGCCAAAGAAAUGUCUCCCAAGAAAUUUGUAAAUGCUGUUGUAAAAGAUAUCCAGUCACUUUGUCAAACGGAAAACUGAGUUGUGUCCAUGACAUCUACGUAUGACAACAAUCUCAAUAAACCAUGUCACAUAUA